AUGAGCGCCUACAUCAGCGCUCGAGAUGCUCUCUCGAAAGGCCCAGCUCCUUUCGGGGACUCUGGCCUGACUUUCGUGGCGGCAGCGGUGGUGGCCGAAGUGGCCGGUUCCGUCAUUCGACUCCCGAUGGAGGUGACAAAGCUCCGGCUGCAACUUGGUGCCUACCGCAACAGCUUCCAUGCUUUUCAGGAUUUGGGAACGAACUUGAAGGACCUCUACCGCGGCAGCUUCUUGCCGCAAACGGUCUUGCACGAUUGCUCCUACAGCGCAUGUGGGUGGCUAAUUUUCGAGACGAGCAGGCAGCAAUUGUAUUCCCUCCGCGGUUCCUCGGACUUGCCAGUGUACGAGAAUCUCUCGCUGGGCAUCUUCACUGGUACUCUGACGGCUUUAGUGACGAACCCGUUUGACGUAAUCAAAACAAGAAUCAUUGGCAGGCCUGCAGGCACAAGCCCUCCAGGCAUCGUCGAAACGGCUCGGAGUAUCUUGAGUCUUGAGGGCCUCCGUGCAUUCUGGCAGGGGGCGACCUGGCGCGUCCUCCACCUUGCUCCAAGCCACGGCGUGUGCGCUGUCUGCUGGCCUGCUGAACUCUGUAGGGUUUUUCAUGUCGUAUUGCGGCAUCCAUCCUCGAGGUACAUGCUCUUGUACGAGAUCGUCAAGCUGCAGCUAGCUUCCUUGCGGGAAUGA